AUGGUGAAGGGAAGGAAGAGAGGAGACAUUCCUACUUUUGACUCUUCAAGUUCAGAGAGUUAUCAUUUACAAGAAGAGAGGGGGAGGAAGAAGGAGAGAAGAAAGAGGAGGAAGAGAAGAGAUGUUGUUUCUUCUGACUCUUCAAGUUCAGAGAGUUAUGAUUUACAAGAAGAGAGGAGAAGGAAGAAGGAGAGAAGAAAGAGGAGGAAGAGAAGAGAUGUUGUUACUUCUGACUCUUCAAGUUCAGAGAGUUAUGAUUUACAAGAAGAGAGGAGGAGGAAGAAGGGGAGAAGAAAGAGGAGGAAGAGAAGAGAUGUUGUUACUUCUGACUCUUCAAGUUCAGAGAGUUAUGAUUUACAAGAAGAAAGGAGGAGGAAGGAGAGAAGAAAGAGGAGGAGGAUAGAGAGAGGGAAUGAGGAUGAAGGGGAAAGAAGAAGAAGGAGGAAAAGAGAGAAAAGGGAAUAA